AUGUUGUCACGUAUCAACCGUGCGCUCGCUCUGCUGGUCGUGCCUGCAGCGGCCCAGCAAGGAUACUAUUUCGUGCUGAAUACGGGCAUGCCAGUCACAAUCGAGCGCCUUGAUCCUAUACUCAGUGCAGGAAAAGUCCCUUCACAGCAUGUACACAGUGUUGUUGGGGGUAACGGAUUCGCAGCAAGCAUGGAUUACGCCCAGACUCAGACAUCUACAUGUUCUACCGUGCAACCGAUUGCUGAUAAAUCCAACUACUGGAUGCCGAACUUGUAUUUCCAAGACCCGAAAAAUGGAUCGUUUAUCCGUGUUCCUGAGCAGCCAUAUCACAAGAUUUACUAUAAAUACGGCACCGGCUCGAACACUUACGACAAAGACAUUCAGGAGUUUCCCCAGGAGUUCCGUAUGAUGGCUGGCGAUGCAACGCUACGUGCUGAGAAUGCCACACUUAUGGGCCCAUAUGGCAAUGGAUUAAGCUGGUACUGCCACGGGAAUGGAACCACGGAUUUCCCAGAUUUCGAGUCCGUGGGCUUCCCCACAGGUUUUACAGCAUGCCCAAAUGGGUUUGCUGCCUCUAUCACCAUGCCAUCCUGCUGGAAUGGACAAGACUUUGAUGCAACGAAUCCCUCUGCGCACAUGGCAUACCCAGUUGCUGAUGGUAUUGCUGGUUGUCCUGACACUCAUAAUGUCGCUCGCUUCCCGCAAAUUUUCGUCGAGUAUUGGCUUAACAUCGACACAUUCGACGGAUUGUACACAGCCGACGACAAUCCUUUUGUCUUGACUAUGGGUGAUGCCACUGGUUAUGGGUUCCACGUCGACUUUUUGAACGGCUGGGAAGCCGGCGUUCUCAACGCAACAAUGCCGACAUGCAUACCCGGAAACACUGGUAACCCUGCGUUAUCGGAUGAUACCUGUUUUGGAAACCAUGGAGGGAUUUAUACCGACGAGCAAAUUGCUUCCUGCAUCUUAAAGCCUUUGACCAACGAGGCUACUGGAUGGACAUAUCCUGAAAUUGAUAACCCUGAAGGGGGAGCGUUGACAUACGGAGGAGUUCUUUCAGCGCUUCCGGGAUGCCAGACCAUUACUACUGGUCCUAAUGCGGCAACAUUGACCACUUGUAAUGAGACGACUACCACAGUGCAGGGUUGA